CAAAGCCAAAAGACAGCUCCUUUGCUCGGUAAAAGGCAGGAGUUGCCAGAAGAUUUUGGCUAUUCUUUACCUCAAAAUUAUCUUAAUUUUGGCAGAGAAUCACAUGUAAUGGAGCAAACAAAUGAUGCUUUCAGUCCUAGGAGGAAUCGUCCUCAGGCCCAAAAGAAGGCGCUUUUGACUGGUGAAAGCCAGGGCUUAACAGAAGAUUACGGCCAUUCUUUAUCUCAACAUUAUCUUGAUUUUAAUGUUGAAUCACAGGAGAGGCAGCCGGAAAAUGAGCUUCUGGGUAUUAGGAUGAAGCAUCCUCAUAAACGAAAGGAAGCGCCUUUGCAUGGUGAAAAGCAGGAACCGCAAGAAGAUGGUGGUCAUUCUUUACCUCGGGCUUAUUUUGGUUUAAGUGGAGAAUCACUUGUGAUGGAGAAAGAAAAUGAAACUAAGGCUUCAAGGAUGAAUCAUCCUCGGGACCAAAAGGGAGCUAAUUUUAACGGUGAAAGUCUGCAGUUGCAACAAGAUUGUGCCUUGGAAAGCAAUUCCCUGCCAAAGCAGGAUGAUUAUGUACAUACAACAGAAGGCAGAACUGAGCAGAUUUCAGUAACAGAGGAGAUACGCAUCAAUAGCCGGUCUUCGAAGACACAUCCUAAGAAACGUAUUAUUGACCUAAGAAAGAUUACAGAGAGUCGAAUAUCCCGAACUUCGGAUGCCUCAGAUGAUGAGAUUCUUGAUAUUGGAUAUGGAGGUGAACAAUGGAGUGAUGAAGAUUUCGAGCAAAAAUUAUUGCUAAGAAAUUCAGGAUCUGAGCGCCCCCAAGAUGAGAGGGCUACUCUGCUUGAUGAGUUGCCAAGUCAAAGGAACGUUAUUGACUGUGACUAUCAAUUUUCCUCUCCUCAUACGCAAGAAUUUGCACAUCCUUCUAAUAGGAAAAGUGUAAAGCAGCGUUUGGGGCCGCCUUGUCAUGGUCAUAAUCCAUAUCCUUCUACUAGGAAAAGUAUAAAGCAGCGUUUGGGACCACCUUGUCAUGUUCAUAAUCCAAAUUAUAUGCCUCGGGUUGAAAGACAUAAAAUGAGGAAGCUCCUGCAGGAAAAUGUUAAUGAUUUUCCUGAAGGGGUUCAAGCUCGAGAUGUUGAUUUGCGUCAUGUGAAACGGGGAAGGACUGAGCCACCUGAGGACUCUGAGGAGUUCGAGCAGCAAAUACAUGGUGCUUUUGUUAAAUUUGUAAAAAUAUUGAAUGAGAACCCGGCUCAAAGAAGGAAAUACAGAGAGAAAGGAGAAGCUGGUACCUUAAAGUGCUGUGUAUGUGGCAGUAAAUCUGAAGAGUUUGUCAACACACUAAGCUUGGUAACGCAUGCCUUCACAUCUCGAAUGGUUGGGCUUAGAGCAAACCACUUGGGUUUACACAAAUCACUUUGUUUUUUGAUGGGAUGGAACUCAGUGGCAGCUUCCAAUGGUUUAUGGAGGCAGAAGACAUUGCCUGAUGUUGAAGCCUUGGCGAUGAAGGAGGAUCUUGUCAUCUGGCCUCCAAUUGUUAUCUUGCACAAUAGUUCUAUAGCAACUACUAAUUCUGAUAAUCGGAUUAUAGUAAGUAUUGAAGAGAUUGAGGCAUUUCUCAGAGACAUGGGAUUUGGCUGGGGAAUAUCCAAGGUGUGCCGCGGGAAACCUGCAAAUCAGAGUAUUAUGACCGUGAUCUUCCAUGGAACUUUUUCAGGGCUGAAAGAAGCAGAGAGACUUCACAAGCUUUAUGCUGAGAACAAACAUGGGAGGGCUGAAUUCCAGCAAAUCAAUUGCAGCAGUGGAGAAACGAAGAAAGCGCCACUAGACAAGGUCAAAGAUGUUCUAUAUGGCUACUUGGGAAUUGCAGGUGACUUGGAUAAACUUGAUUUCGAGACAAAGAGUCGUGCCUUAGUUAAAAGCAAGAAGGAAAUCUAUGCCACUGCUGAUGCCCUUCUCAACAUUGAAUGAUAAAGUUUAAGGGAAAUACAAGUAAAUACUUAGGUGAACCUUUUCUCUCUUGCGAUUUUGCAAAGGGCACACAAGCAUAUGUCCAGGCCUACUAACUCAUGCUGUCACUUUUGUUAAUGAUGAAACCAACUCCAGUUUUGAAUGUGAAGUUCCCUCUUUUGUUCACCGCUAAGAGGUUAGGGUCUGUGCUAGGAAAUGUAAGUUGGUAGAGAGUUUGUUUUCACUACUCUCUGGGAGAAUCGAAAAUGACAGAUUCAGUACAAGUUAUUUUGAGAUUAGCUACGUAUGUUUUAUUGUUUGCCUUGCUAAUCAACUUCUAUGCUGAUGUUACCAGACAAUGUAGACAAGAGAGAAUAACUUUAAUAUAUCAAG